AUGGAAGGGAGUGUUGGUGGUCGUGGCGGCGGUGGUGACAGCGGUAACGACAGUGAUGGUGGUGGUGGCAAUGACAACGGUGGCGGCAGUGACAGUGAUAACAGUGGUGGUGGUGGUGGCGGCGACUGCGGCGGUGGUGACAGUAAUGGUGGAGGUGACGAAGGCGGUAAUGGUGGCAGCAACAGUGAUUGUGGUGGUAAAGGUGGUGGCGGUGGUGAUGCCGAUAGUGGUGGUGGUUGUAGCGGUGGGGACGACAACAAUAAUGGUGAUGAUGAAGGUGAUGGUAUGAAGACUGGCCAUGGUGGUGGUGGUUGUGAUGAAGACAGACCUUAA